AAGGUACACAGGGCUUUCUUUCUUUCUCUGAGAAGCCAGAGCUCAAAUGCUCUCUUCCCAAGAAGAGAGUUCCCCCUUAGUGUGAGGGACAGUAAGGGUUAGAAAAGGAAGACAAAGGAGGAGGAGAAAGAGGAGGAGGAGGAAGAAAGGAGGAGAAACCAGCUGGAGGACGGGCAGAACCUGAAAGCCAAGUCUGAAGAGAAAAGCUGCACUCAACGACAGGCAGGUGGACUGCAUCCUGACCUACUGGGCUGGAACAGCACAGGGUCCACAGUGUCUCUCCAGGGACACUGUCCUCCCAGGAUUGCUGACCACACUACCCUGGUUUGCCGUCCCAGAACCGCAUGAGGAUGCUACUCUGGUGUCUUGUCUUCCCUGCUCUGAGUGUCCAAGUCCUUGGUGUCUUUACAAUAGUCUCUCACAAGGAGUGGGAAGCAGCAGCUCCUGCCUGCAGGUCUCAGAUGACUACAUCAGUGGAUGUACUUGUCACACACCACAUCCCUGGACUGGAAUGCCAAGACCAGACUACCUGCAGUCGGAGGCUUCGGGAACUGCAGUCCUACCAUGUCCAUAACAACAGCAGGUGUGAUGUGGCCUACAACUUCCUGGUCGGGGAUGAUGGCAGAGUGUAUGAAGGUGUCGGCUGGAAUAUCCAAGGCCUGCACAUGCAGGGAUACAACAUCUCCCUGAGCACUGCCUUCUUUGGAACCAAGGAAGGCCAUAGUCCCAGCCCUGCAGCCCUGUCAGCCAUGAAAGGCCUAAUCUCCUAUGCUGUCCUAAAGGGCCAUCUAUCACCCAGGUACACCCAGCCACUUUUUGUAGAAGGUGAAAACUGCCUGGUCCCUCCUCAGAAGACAAUCCUAAAGAAAGCUUGCCCCAGCAUUGUUCCACGGUCAGCUUGGGGGGCCAGGGUGACCCACUGUCGCAAGAUGAUCCUCCCCGCUAAGUAUGUUAUCAUCCUCCACACGGGUGGGAGAACCUGUAGUUCAGCUAAUGAGUGCCGUCUCCUGGUCCAAGAUCUCCAAUCCCUCUUCAUGGACAAACACAAAAAGUGUGAUAUUGGAUACAAUUUCCUUGUGGGCCAGGAUGGUGGUGUUUAUGAAGGGGUUGGCUGGAAUGUUCAAGGCUGCUCCACCCCUGGCUACAGUGAUAUUGCCUUGGGCAUUGUCUUCAUGGGCACCUUCUCAGGCAACCUACCCAAUGCUACUGCACUAGAGGCAGCCCAGGACCUGAUCCAGUGUGCUGUGAUCAAAGGGUAUCUGACCCCCAACUACCUACUGCUGGGCCAUAGAGACGUGGCCAACACGCUGUCCCCUGGACAGGCUUUGUACAACAUCAUCAAGACAUGGCCUCACUUCAAACACUGAAAAUGGCUCAAGCUCCUUUGGAGGCUUCUUUCCUUUCAUUGGGUCUCUGUUCUCACCUCCCAUUUUGCUUCAACACUUGUCUCUGCCUCCUUUGCCAGCCCUACUUUGUUCCAGGUUGUGAUGAUUAUGUCCUUUCCUGCUAGCAUCCUCCACCACCACCAGAUCCCCAUAGUUGGGCAUUUAUAGCCUCCUUUGGUCCACAACCUCUCUUUACCUUCCUGUCCCCUGACCAUGCAUCUGCUCAGCAGGAUGAGACCCAGCGUGGACGCUGUCAUACUUCUCCUUUGAUUUGUACCUGUCUCUGUGCCUAAGUUCCCUCCUCUUGCAGUCUGUCCAGCAGCCUCAGCCUUCACUCAUCACCCACGCCAUGAUACCCACCUCUCAUCUCUGCUCACACAUUAUUGUCUUGUACAGCUUUGUAUGUUUUCCUUAUUUAAAAGGUAUAAGUUUUUAUACAUAUGUCUGUUAUCAUUCCUGAAUUUUAAGUUUCUCCAGGAAACAGCCAAGUUUUAUUUAUUACUAUGUCCUCAGUUCCUGAGGAGUAUUUGAAAUUUACUAGAUUCUUUAGAUGUCUGAUGAAGAAAUGGAAGAAUAAAUAAAUGAGUGGGCCCAGUC